AUGCCAGCGGACUGCGCUGCCUCCGGGCGGCCAGCUGCGGGGCGCACGCGGCGCGUGGCUCCCCCGGGCAGCCGGGAGCGCAGCAAUGCAGCCGGGGCGGAGCGCAAGCGCCAGCCGCGCCGCGCCGCGCACCGAGCCCGCCGCCGCGCGGAGCCCGCAGCCCGGGAGCGGGCCGCCGGGCGCCGCAAAACCCGGACUGGAGCGGCGGAGCGGGGCGGCGGCGGCGGCGGUGGCCCGGGAGGGGCGCGGGGCUGCGGCGACCCCGGCUCGGCGCCAGCCUGCGGAUUGGGGGGUGCCCUGGACAGGCUCCGCCGUCCUCCUUCCCGCACCCCUCGCCUGCGGGCCGCGCUCGGAGGUCGUCAGAGCGCCGAGGUUCGCUGCCCGCCGCCGGCGGCUUGGAUGGGGGGCUGCGGGGAGGGGGGAGCGGGGGACUGGGGGCGCGGGAGGGGGCGCAGCCUGCGCGCGGGGAUGUCCAGGCUCCCCGAGACCAGCAGGCCGGAUACCAGCUAUGCGCAAUCUGGAGGGUCCUGGGGUCCUCGUGCGACCGCGAGCCCCAAGGUUUUCCCCACGCCCACGGCGCGAUGCGCAGAAGGAAACAAGCCCGGGGCACAGCGCAGCCUGCGGGGCACCAGGCGUUUGCGCCGGGAGCGCACUGGGCGCCCGAGACGGGGGUGUGGAGGAACCCCGUAG